AUGCUAACGAGACGUGCUGUAUCAUUAUUACUUUCGACAACAAAUUGUCGUUUUUUUCAAACAAGCAUUAUUGUUAAUGCAAGUCAACAACAAAAUUCUACAACAACUUAUGAUAAAUCUGUUUAUGAUUCAACACGAAAAAACUUGUAUAUUAACAGUGAAACACGAGUAAUAUGUCAAGGUUUUACUGGUAAACAAGGAACAUUUCAUUCUCAACAAGCUCUUGCCUAUGGAACAAAAUUAGUCGGUGGCGUUAGUCCGAAAAAGGGCUGGUGCUAA